AGCUCUAAACUCAUUUUUCUGAUCCUGUUCUAAUGGCUACGAACUCAUCGGAGAGUGUUGUUCACCUUAAUGAAGCGAUUGUGGCGAUGGUGCCAUUUCCUGAUUAUAGUCAUGUCAAUCAACUCUUCGUUCUUGCUCGCUUCAUCGCCUCCCGUGACAUACCGGUACACUUCCUCUGCCUUGCUGAUUGGAACCGAGAUUUGAAACUGCGUGUCCAAGGUGGUCUCGAGGUCUCAAACAUUCAUUUUGAGGACUUAUCAAUACCUUCUUCUCCGAAGGAAAAUGAUGAUGCUGGCCGCGAUGGUAUGCCUCCGAUUCUAAUACUUCUGAAAAAACUCAGGGAGCCUUUUCGUAAAACAUGCCUUGAACUCUCCACCAAUGCAAAGAGAUUAGUCGUAAUUCACGACAGUAUAAUGAGGGAACUUACAAGGGACGUCCACGCAUUUCUCAACGUCAAGUCUUAUAUCUUCCACACUGGGUCGGCUUUUAGCAAAUAUUCUGGCCUCCACCAAGUUAUUCCUGACAUAGUUGAUGAUGAUCACGACAAGCUGGUCGAGAAAAUACACUAUGAGUUUCCGUCGUUGGAGAGUUGUAGUGGACCAUAUGCAGAAGCUUUCGUUAGAAAGGAACAUGAAUGGCAGCUCAACUCUGGAGAAAUCUUGAACACCAGCAGAGAAGUCGAAGGUAAGUACCUAGAUUUACUUGCACAGACAAAAGGCAACAAGCAGUGGUGGGCUAUUGGUCCACUUCAUAUGUUGCUGCUAGAAUCACAGGACUUUAGCAAUAGGACUCGUCACGAAUGCCUAGAAUUUCUCGACAAGCAAGACGUUAACUCCGUAAUAUUCGUGUCCUUUGGAACAACCACUACAUUCUCACAAGAGCAAGUCAAUGAGAUAGCGCUUGGUUUAGAGCGAAGCAACCAUAAAUUUAUUUGGGUACUACGAGAAGCAUAUAAAAAGACGGAAACUGAGAAAAUUGAAGAGAGAGAUGGAAAGAUUGAAUUGCCAAAAAGGUUUGAAGAAAGAGCGGAAGGAAGAGGAAUGGUGGUGAGAAAUUGGGUACCGCAAUUAGAAAUCUUGGGACAUUCAUCUACAGGCGGGUUUUUGAGCCACUGUGGAUGGAAUUCUUGUAUCGAGAGCAUUAGCAUGGGAGUGCCUCUAGCAACAUGGCCAAUCCAUUACGAUCAGCCAUUUAACGCAAUUAUUAUGACCAACUUGCUGAAGAUCGGAACAUCUGUCAGGAGUUGGGCACAUCGAAAAGAAUUGGUGACAGCAUCAACCAUUGAGAAAACUGUCAACACUUUGAUGGGCACGAUAGAAGGGAAAGAGAUGAGACAAAGAGCCGUGGAGUUAAGACACAAGAUCAAGAGAUCUGUUAGCCAUGGAGGACCUGCACACAAGGAAAUGGAAUCUUUCAUAUCAAAUAUUAUCAAAUAACUCCCAGAGGCAAGUUGUGGACAACACAAAAAGAAAGAACGUAGUUAGGAAGAUCAAGAGACCGAGUUCUCUUUAGGACAGAGUUUCCUAGUAUCUGUAUUGGUGCGAUAUAGCAAGUGCCCGACAAAUUAGUUGAAGUGUGCACAAACUUAGUCGAACACCAUUAUCCAUCUGAUAAUCAAGGUUGCUUGGACGAAUCGUCCAAAACUGCUACUGCACACGUGUCAAUUCCUUCAAAAAAUACAUAGCUAUUGAAGGAUCCAACACGCGCCCAGUGAUGUGUUCAAGAGCCCAACCAACAUAGU